AUGAAAACCUCAAAAACCAAGCAUCGGUUCAACAGAAUCUGUGAAGAAGCUAUUGAGAGGCGAAGAGCGGCAAUAAGCAAUUUGCUAAAUGACACAAAUAGUGAAACUUUAUUCAACAGAUACAAAACUCGUCAAAGAGAAACGAGCAGCAUAUUAAGAUGUGAGAAAAGGAAAUACCUCCAGUGCAUGAUGGGAAAAGCAGAGUUUGACUAUAAAACUCAUAAAACUAGAGACAUGUACAAGCAGAUAAAUAACCUUGCAGGAGGGAAUAAAAAGAAAGAGAGGUUCUUAAAAAAUGAUGACGGGUCGCCAGUAACUUCGAGCUAA